AUGGAGGAAAAUACGGAAAGUACAUUAUUCAACAUUUGUAGAUUGUGUUUAGUGAAACGUGGAGUUUCUAAUAUUUCUGAUAGAAAUGGAUUGUGCGAUGAUAUUUACAAAUGUAUUGGUCUCAAGAUAUCCCCAACAGACAAAUUGCCUCAGAAAAUUUGCAAAUAUUGUUUAGACAUUGUAGAAAAAGCUUCAGAAUUAAGAAAUAUUGGUAGGAAGAAUGAUAAACAUUUAAGAUUAUUAUUUGAUUGCCCCGAGGAAGAUCCUGAACCGGAAUUGGAAGCAGGAACAUCAAGUGAGAACAGAGAAAUUGUUUCAGAAAAGACAAGAAAAUAUUUCUCCUUAGCCGUUAGCAAAGAUCUAUUUAAAAAAUGCUAUAAAAAGACUGAAGAAAGUAGCAAAGCUCGAAAUUCUCUGGAUCUCAUCCACUCAAUGAAGCCCACAAAUAAAAAUACUGAAAGUGAAUAUAAAUGUCCGCGAGGAACACUGAAGGCUCACAAGGAAACCGUGCACACUGCGGCCUGA